AUGCGGCCACUCAUCCCUCCCAUACAGCCAUACAGCAGUAAACCUUCGUCUGAGUGCUCAAAGAAGCCGCCAAGUCACACCAAGGUUCUUACGUCAGCCCCAGUGAUCGGGUUUUCUGUUUUUGGGGUUGUCGUCUUCGUCCAUGUCGGGUGGGUUCGCGAACUGCUUGCAGCGCCUGCUUCUAACCAAAGUCCAGAAAAGCCAGCUUCUAUUGUUCCUUUACUCUCGCGUGCCCUACAGCGAAUACGCAGUACUCCUCCACGUAUAAUCGCGUCACCCCCAACUCAGCCCCGGAGAGCCGCCGUCGCACUUAUCAUUCGAGUUGUGCCACCUCCACAUGCUGUUUUCAACGCCACGCAAUCUCCUUCGCUUACCGACUUUUUUGAGUUGGACUGGGUCAAUGAUCCCACGGCUCGACCAGAAAUCCUUUUCCUACAACGGGAGAAUCCGGCGCCUGAAGACUCAGGUAUGAGUCGCGUCAGAAACAACAACGAAGCCCAUGUCGCUUUCCCGGGUGGAAGAACUGAGACUGAUGAUGAAGGGGGACUGUACACGGCGAUGCGACAAACUUGGGAAGAGAUUGGAAUUGACCUUGCGGAGAAAGACUACACUUGUGUCGGCCAACUUGACGAUAGAGAAAUAACAACUUCUCUCGGAAAGCGCCUUUUAAUGAUUUUAUCGCCCUUCGUUUUUCUUCAAGUGACACCACAAGCUAGUGCGCCCGACCCAGUCUCCACCACAACGCUGCACUGGACACCAUUGUCUUCUCUCGUUUCCGCCAAUCCCCCACCGAAAUGGUCCACAGUGACAGUCGAUGCCGCGUCUCGCAUUGCUCCCAAGCAUUCUACUGCUUUGCGUAUUCUUGUUCAAGCUCUCGUCGGUAGCAUGGAGUUUCCUGCUAUCAUUGUCGAACCAUCUUCGGUCUCGCCGGUCACACCCGAGGGCAAACCCAGCUAUGACAUGGAGAAGGGAUUCAAGCGGCCGCAGCAAUUGAAGCUUUGGGGGCUCUCGCUCGGUAUGACUCUCGACCUGAUGUCGUAUAUGGUCCAUCCUUUGCCCAACGAUACAGUCGACCCUCGUUCUGGCGCAUCUUCUCCACUCUCACCCAUCAUGCAACUCCCUUACCAAACUGGCGCUGAAGGCAUUCGAAUGGAUAUCGUUGCUCCCAGCCUGGCCAGUGUAUUCCCCCGUUUCUCGUACCCUGAUGUGAAUUUCUGGAUCUGGGUCUUUGGUAAGCGAUAUCGAGAAGUUGUUCGUGGAUGGGAGGCCAGUGUGCGUGGUGGCGGCGUCAAUGACAGACGGAUCAACUGGUCGGGUUCGGCAUUGAGCACAUUCUACGCUGCCAUUCGCAAAGCCUUGGUUCUUGUCAUUGUGGCACGUGCACUGGGUAUUAUCUUUGGUUUGGGUUUCGCUGUUUGGUGGGUAUUCCAGUAG